AUGGCAACCAGGCAGCAGGGAGAGAGUUGGACCAAGGAGACGAUUUGUCCCAUUUGCCUGGCUUUUUUCAACGAUCCGGUGACACUGGAUUGUGGCCACAAUUUCUGCUGCUCCUGUAUCACCCAGAGUUGGAAAAAGAAGGAGAUAAACUCCUGCCCGGAAUGUAGAAGCGAGUUUCCGGAAAGAAACCUCAGGGUAAAUCGAGCCUUAGCGAAUCUGGCCGAGAAAGCUCGAGAAUUAACGUUGAACCCGAAAGAUAACACAAGUAAACUUCAGUGUGAGGAACAUCAGGAAGAUCUGAAGCUGUUUUGUGCAAUUGACAAGAAAUUGAUCUGUCUGAUUUGUCGAGAUUCGCGGGAACACAAAUCUCACAAUUUUCUGCCAAUUACGGAAGCUGUUGAAAUCUAUAAGGGUCAUCUUCAAUGUUCAUUGGAUUCUCUCACAAAGAAGAAGUCAGAGACAAUUGAAGCAGAACUGACCCAGAAACGGAAGAUUUCCGAAGUGAGGGAACAGGCGAGCAGUCUGCAGACCCACAUCACAUCCGAGUUCACUAAAAUGCACCAGAUUCUCACUGAGAAAGAGCAGCGUUUACUCAGAGAUCUCAGGGAAGAAGAGGAGAGGAUUGUAGAACCAAUGGAGAAAAACCUUCGAGAGAUUCAGGAGAAUUUAAAUUCUAUUGAGCAGAAACUCUCAAAGUUGCAGAAACAGAUGGAGCAAAAAGACCACCUGAUAUUUCUAACGGAGGAAGUUAACCAGAAAUGGAGCACUGGUGACGACAUUCAAAUGAUAACAGUUGUAUCAGCCGUUCUACCCAUCGAAACGUUCAAGGGCCCUUUACAAUACAUGGCUUGGAAGAAAAUGAUUGACUUCAUUCAUCCUGCUCCAGCCUCUCUGACUCUGGAUCCGUGCACAGCGCAUCCACAACUCAUCCUGUCUGAGGACCGAACCAGCGUGAGACAUAAAAACCAACGGCAGUCUCUCCUUAGAAGCCCACGGAGGUUUGAUUCCUGGGCCUUUGUACUGGGUUCCAAGGGAUUCACAUCUGGGAGACAUUACUGGGAGGUGGAGGUUAGGGACAAGACUGAAUGGGGCGUUGGAGUGACCCGAGAAUCUGCAAAGAGAAUGGGGGGAAUCGACCCAAAACCUGAGUCAGGGUAUUGGGUGGUGGGACUGAUCUCAGGAAAGGGCUAUUUUGCUCUUACAUCCCCGACAGCCCUCUGCCUCAAGCCAGAUGUGAAUCCCCAGAAAAUUGGUGUUUUCCUGGACUAUGAGGGUGGACAGGUAUCAUUUUACAAUGUGGAUAACAUGUGCCAUCUCUACACUUUCACCUGCACUUUCACUGAAAGGAUCUUUCCCAUCUUCAAUCCAGGAUGGAAUUUCGAUGGCAAAAAUUCUGCACUUCUGACAAUCUGUGGGCUUAAAGGUCACUAACUGAUCCAUCCCAUAAUUUUGCACACCCUCAUUAUCUCCUACCAGCUGUCAACUGAUGGGUUUCUGUCACAGUCAUAAAUGGGGGCCCUAUCCAAAUGCAAUUUGAGUACAAUCGAGUGACAAUAUCGUCUUGGUGAUCUUUUUCUGUUCAAAAUUGAAGCUAAACAGUGUCUACUGUAAAAUUUACUGGGGUCCUGUAAAAUUAACUGAACAUUCAUAAUUCCAUCAAGGAUGAACUGAUGUUCACUCAGAGAGCUGAAAUAAAGGUUUGACACAAAACUAUAAUCUGCAGCUGAGAAAAUAAACAUUAUGAGAAAUAGGUGAAAAGGACAGUUUGAGAUGGAGCACCGGGGGAAGAAUGUGAAACGGGAACUAAUCAUAGUGCAGUAAAUCAAAUCGUUUUCUUGGGAACAUAUUUGUCUGGCACUAUCAGCAACACAGCAAACCCCAGAGGAUAAAAAUGAGCAGAAUACUUCAGUUUGUCAAUGUACAUGAUGGAGAGUGAAUAGGAUCAUCAAUUCUACAAAGAAGAGCUGAGUUUACAUUCCACUUAUAAACCUGGUAUUAAUACUGAGAACUGAAAGAUCAGCAAGGAGCACUGCAGGACAGGAGGAAAGGAGGAAGGGGAGAGAAGGAACAAACAGCAGCUCAAUUGCAGAUAUAGGCUUACUCACUUAACCUCUAUCGUAAGCAAAAUGUUGGAAGCUAUAAUUAAGCAUGUCUUAACAGGGCACUUGGAUGCAUUCAUAGAGUCAUAGAAUCUUACAAAUAUAUGGUAAAGAAGAGGCAUUUCAGGCCAAUGAGUUUCAUUGAUGAAAAGCUACUCUCAAUUUACACUAGUUCUACAUUCCAGUGCACAGUCCAUACCCUUGAAUGGUAUGACACUAACUAUUCAUCCAAGUACUUCUUAAAGGUUGUGAGAUUUCACAAAUGCCCUCACAGGUGGUGCAUAACAGAUUUCCACCAAGCCUUUGGGUGACCUUUUCUCCUUGAGUCCCCUAUAAACUUACUGUCUUUUACAUUAAAAUUAUGUUUCUUCUUUGCUAAUCCUUUAAACUGAGCAGGACAGCUGCUUUCCAUCCACCCUCUCCAUACCUGUCAUAAUCUUAUAGCAGGGCACCCCUCAACUUUCUCUGCUGUAUACAAAACAAACCAAGCUAUCCAGCCUGUCUUCAUAACCAAACUGCUCAUGCCAGGCAACAUUCUGGUGAAUGUGUUCUGUACCCACUCCAGUGCAAUCAAAUCCUAUAAAGCAGAUGACCAGACUUUUACACAGUUCUCCAACCAAAGACCUGACAAGUUCCAACAUAAUCUCUCUGCUCUUGUAAUAUAAGUCACUACUGUUAACAUCGAAUAUCACGUAUAUUGUCUUAACUAACGUAUUAUCCUGUCUGACUGCUUUUGGGAUUUGUGCAUAACCACCCUAUGAUCCCUGUGUUCCUCAGAGGUCUCUAGUGUCCUGCCAUUCAAUGCUUACUCCUUUGCCUUCGUCUUCUAUAGAGCAUCACCUCACACUUAAUGAGGGUUAGAUUUCAUCUGCCAGUGGUUUACCUAACCAAUCUGCCUAUUUUAACUGUAACUUUCUUUCUCACUGCAAAUCUUAGUGUUAUCUGCAAACGUACUUACCAUGCCCCUCACCACAUUCUAAUCCAUCACAAACAACAAAGGAUCCAGGACUGAUGCCUGCAGUAUGCCACUGGACAAUAUCCUCCAGUUACACAUACAGAUUUCUACCAUCACCCUCUUUAUCUGACCAAUAAGCCAUUUUAAAAUCUAAAUUGUCACAUUAUCCUGGCUCCCAGCUACCUGAGUAUGUUAAAAUUAACCUCCUGUGUGGGACCUUCUCAAAGUCCUUGCCAAAAUUCAUAUAAACUACAUCAAGUGUGAUAUAAUCAUUGAUACACCUGGUCACCUCCUCAAAAACUUCAAUUUUUUGGGAGUAGGCCAUUCUACCCUUCGAUCCUGCACCACCAUUCAUUAUGAUCAUGGCUGAUCCUCCUCAAUCAGUAUCCGGUUCCUGCCUUAUUUCAAUAACCCUUGAUUCCACUAUCCUUGAGAGCUCUAUCCAACUCUUUCUUAAACAAAUCCAGAGACUGGACCUCCACUGCCUUCUGGGGCAGAGCAUUCCACACAGCCACCACUCUCUGGGUGAAGAAGUUUCUCUUCAUCUCUGUCCUAAAUGGCCUACCUCUUAUUUUUAAGCUGUGAAAAUGUUAAGCAUGACCUCCCUUUGAAAAGGCUAGCAAGCCCUGAUUAAACUUUGCCUGUCCAAAAAGAGAUUCAUUUUUUCAAUGGAAUGAACAUAAAAAUAUCUCUAGAACACUAAUUCUGUUCCUUGCCACAGAAGCUGUUUGAACUAUUGGUCUAGCCAAUGUCCUCUACAGCUGCAAUAUGCCCUUCCAACUCCUAUACUCAAUGCACUGACCAAUAAAGCCGAGCAUACCAAACGCCUUCUUCACUACCUUGUCUACCUGUGAACUCAGGCCAACCCAGAAACUUCCUGCUGCCACAAUAAGUUUGAGAAAUACAGAAGCCAGUUCAUCAAAAGCACAAUCCCAAAGAGAGAAAAUGAAAUGAAUCACAGUUUGAUCUCUCUUUGACAGUUCUGGUUGUUUGAAGAAUGUUAGUCUGGACACCAGGACUAGUCCACUGCUCCCCUUUACCACGAGAUCUGAAUCAGUCACUUUGUAACUUUGCUCCCUGAAAGGACUGAGCUGAUCACAGGAACAUGGAUGUGCCCUUUACUCCUGCAAGCAUUUUCUACCAUUCUAUUCGAUCAUAACUGAUCGCAUAUUCUUUCAUCUAGUUCAGUUUCAGUUUCUUGAUCUCUUGGAAACUUGUGUCUUGGAUAUUUGUCUCUAUAUCCAUGGUCUUUUGAGGGGGAACAUUCCACAUUUCGCUAACAUUAGUUUUGAAAGAGCAAACAUUGAAAUUUCACGCCAGGAAAAUCCAAUUUUAUCUGCAAAAACAUGACAACUCCCCACUGAUGAUGGGGAGAGUAUGUUCAUCCACAGAAAAGAUUACUGUCACUCUCAAACUUCCUAGAUUUUUCUGUCACCAAAAUUAACCGAGGUAAAUUCUGCAAGGUUGUGUAAUUAAUCUAUGGAAUUCCAAUGAAAGAUUUCCAUUUGCAAGAGCAUAGGAGUAGGAGGCCAUUCAUCCCUUCAAACCUGUUCUGCCAUUCAAUAAGAUUACAAUUAAUCUGUGACCAACUGCCAUAAUCUGCCUGGGGACCAUAUCCCUUAAUAACUUUUAUUAAGAGAUAGAGUCAUAGAAUUAAACAUGAUGGAAAGAUACCCUUUGAUCCAAAUCACUGGUGCCAAUCAGACAUCCCAAUCUGACCAAAUCCCAUUUCCCAGCAUUUAACCCAUAUCCCUCCAAACCCCUCCUAAUCAUAACUCCAUUCAGAUGCCUUUUAAAUGUUUUAAUUGUACCCUCUUCCACCACUUCCCCUUACAGCUUGUUCCAGAGACACACCACACUCUGCAUGAAAAACCUACCCCUCAGGAUAUUUUUAAAUUGUUCCACUCUGCCUUAAACUUAUAUCAUCCAGUUUUGGACUCCCCCACUCUCAGGGGAAAAAAAUACCUUAGUUGUUCACCCUAUCCAUGCCACUCAUGAUUUUAUAAACCUCUACAAGGUCACCUCCUCAGCCUUUGAUACUCUAGGAAAGAAAAGCCCCAGCUUAUUCAACCUCUCUGCCUUGUGAAUCUAUUCUGCACCCUCUCAAGUUUAAUAUCAGUUUCUGAUUUUAAAUGAAUAAUUACAGCAAUAUUAAUUUGUGAAACAGAAUUCCAAACCUCUAAUACCAUUUGUUGUGUUUCCUGAUUUCACACAUGAAAUUUCUGCCUCUGAUGUUUAGCCUAUGAUUCCUAAUCCUAGGUACUGUGAGGAGCAAAGAUAGUUCCUUCCAAGACAGAAAGGUCAGGCAAGAAAUAUCUGUUGAAGCAUGGAAUCUCUUUUCACUAUAGCAGCUUCUCUGCUAAUAGCAGGUUCUGACUGCCUGCUAAAACAAACUGAACUAGAAAAAAGCCUGAAUUGGGACUACUGGCUGCUCCCUUGCCAUUGUUAAAGUAGCCAUUUCCAGACAUAUCGGCGUCACUGCCUUUAUGCCCCCUCUCGAUUUAAAAAAAAGACAAAUUAACCUUGUUAAAGGGCAGCAUCAUCACAAACAAUAAUAUUACUAAAAAGAAAUAAGCUGGAAAUGCAUGUUAUAGACAGAAUAAUUGCACAGUGGACCAUGAACAUAUGUGAUCACACAAACAAAGAAGAUAGGAGCAGGAGUACACCAUGCAACCCUUCAGCCUGCUCCACCACUCGAUAUGAUGGUUGAACAUCAAACUCAAUAUCCCAAUCCCACGUUUCCCCUUAAUCUUUGAUUCCUC